AUGGAAGACUUAAUCAGAAAAGCUUCUAUUCCACCUUUCGCGCAAAUAAUGGACUCUACAUCUUACGACUUUUUACACAGGAUCACCAAUUUGAUCUUCAAGUCAAAGGCUGGAAUGGCUUACGACAAGUCCAUCAUUAACAUUGAUAUAAACUUUGACAACGAAGAUCAGGCAAUUCCCAAACUACCGAAGCCAAUUUUACCCCGUAAAGAUCGCAAAGAUAAAAUUGCUACUAUCCAACCAAGCGCGGAGUCUCGGAAAACUUCAGCUGAAAUAGAGAGGCGAGUUCAAGAGCUCCAGAAAUUUCGACGAGAAAGUCAAAGCGCAGUAGAGGCGCCAUUACUUGUCACAGCUCUCGUAAAGAAAACUAAUCAAAGACUCGAUAGCAUUGAGGUGAGUGGUUGCUUCAGUCUUACUUUAGUUCAAGACGACAAGUAAAUAUUCAACUUUAUUUAAUGCAGCCGUUUGACUUUACACGUGCUGAUUGUAUCGGGUCAGAGCUCUCUGCUCUCUCAAGUGGAAACGCGUUGUACAAUCUGUUGUACAGUAAAGUAAUUUAGCACGUUCCUGGAUAUCUUGAUUUCAGCUUUUUUUGUCGAGAUCAUAUAUACUUGCGGCCCCAUCGCAGUCUUUUUCUGUCGACUUUUCCCUAUAAUUGCCCACACAGGGUGGUUCUAGUAAACGCCAAUUUUGCUUUAUUCGAUUAUCAAAAUCCUGAACGACAACAUCAACUGGACGACUGAAACUCUUACUUAAUAAACAUGAACAUUUUAAAAUAAUUGUGAUUUAAUUACGGAAAGCGAUUAUUUGAUCCCCAAGAUCAACAAGUCGUCAAGUAAAUCAUUUGGCCUAAUGAAGGCCAUGUUGUUUCGUAUUAAACUAAUGAUAAUUAUUUGCGCGUCUGUGGGUAGGAUGGAAGUGUGACCCGACUAUUCUUUUUUUUUUUAAUUUAAUUUCUUUGAAAUUGUCCGAGUUGCAAAUUCUUAUCAAAUGAGAUAGGUUUUUUUUCGGCUCGGAACACGUCAGAAGUGUCUCAAGUGGUUUUCAGUUUCUACAUGCUUUAGAACAUGUUAGAAGCCUGAAUAACAUAUGAAAUAAGAUUGAUUCUACAGAGCUAACACAAUCACUAGUAACCCAGCAGUCUACAUUAUGGCGGCCACAGAUAAGGACAAAAACAAAUAGUUGAAAGAAACUUGAAAAAUAUAAGAAUCACAACUGCAUGGCCUGGGUCAAACCAGUUGGCUAUUUAACAAGUGUGACCGAGUUGUCAAGACUACCGUGAACAAUUCCAGUCAGCGGUCAUGGCAAAACUUGAACUCGAGGCUCCAUUCUAAGUACAGGAGCUGUCACCUCUCGGCUACUCUACCUUCUUGCACGCGGCACCCUUCGAAUCAGUUUAAUCUUUUACUUUUUUUUUCUACAGGAAAGGACCUACUCUCAGUUAUCGGUAAGUUACUUAUGCGUUCGGAGUGAUAAAGUCUUGAAAGAACUUCUGUUAUUAAUACCCGAUUAGAAAUAUUGAAAAAUCGUGAGUGACUUACAAUAAACGUUUAAUUUCAAUCACUGCGAGACUAAGCACCCAAGUUGACAUUUAUACUUUGUUAACCGCCUACCCGGCAGCAACGUCGCUUCAGGUUUUACGGACGCGCACGCUAACAUUGUAACAGGUGGUAGCAGCAGCAGCAGUAGUAGUAGUAGUAGUAGUAGCAGUAGUUUGUUGUUGUUGUUUUGGUUACUAUUAUUGUUAUUAUUAUUAUUAUUAUUAUUAUUACAAAUUAUGAUUAUUGUUAUGAUACACGUAUUUCUUGUUUUUGUUGCAUUGUUGUUGUUUUGUUCUUCUUCUUCUUCUUCUUUUUCUUGAUGCUUCUCUUGUUUUAUCUUCUGUUUCGUAACCUUAGUAACUUCAGGGUUUUCUUUGCUUACUUCUCGCAAACUGAUGACUGCGCAGUCGCAGUUUGGAACUUACUGAACCGGGAAAAUGGCGAUUCUCGACCCCAGUGCUUUAUACUUAAAGUGCUUACUUUAAGUGCUUACUUACGUACUCUUUUGACUCAUGCGCCGAAGAGCUCCCGGAUCGAGAUUGAGAAAUUGCGUGUAUGGUACUCAGAGACUUAAACCGCUUUUUAUGGUUAAUCACGACUCUAACAAUGGACAUUGCCCUCGCCAUUGUUAUUCUCAUUUUUAAUCAAUCCACUUGGUUUUGUAGAGUUCAUUUUUCAAACAUCUGAUAUUAUGCGCUUCUAUCAAAGAAAAAAAUCAUUAAAUCGAGAGCAAAUAGCGGUGACUUCAUUAUUUGGUUAAUUUUACACGAAAAUCCAUGUUUUUUAUUCUUUUUGGUAAACAUAAUAACAAGUUCCGGUCAUGUUUCGUGGGGUAGAUUAGUUCACAGCUUUCAUCAAUGCUUGUUAAUACCUACCGAUAUCACAAAAGACAACCUACAACGUUUUUAAUUUCCUUUAUUCACAACCACAACUGUACAUCUUCCAUGCAUAAACAUCACACAAACCCGCUGAAAAACAUUUGUGGCACACAGCUGGAUAAAUGACUACGGAGCAUUCGUUCCUAUCAUAAUAUUUACCGUUGUCUCAGAAGUUCGACUUCAUGAUGUCAGUUUGGCUAGAAUGACCUGAGCAUACUUUUAAAUCUUUUAAAGCAAACGAACCUCAAAAUUUGCAUUUUCAAAUAUGGGAAGGAAGAAAAAGGUACGCCGGUUAGAAAAGUUACACGAAUUCAAUUUUUAGUUUCAUUUUUGCUAAGUUCAUUACAGUUAGCCUUGUAAAGUGACGAAAACAAUUUUGUAAUAUUUAGAAUCGUGCUAUCCAUGCAAUGUGAAAGCCGGUACAAGAACAACCUUGAGCAUAAAACAUAAUUGCCCUGGGAUAGAACUAUUAUCACCGUGUACAUAAUUUUCUGUUUUUGUCUUUCGCAGGCUUUCGAGAAGUUCGUCUGGGCCGCCCGUGUCGUGCACGUCCUCGUUUCAUCUUGUAUGCGAUGGAGAAGGUAUUUGAAUUAAUCUCGUAAAUAGGGUAGAGCGAAUGUUCUGUCAGUUUUUCUGCUAAAGCUUCCUUAGAAACACAAUGUAAACUCACUUUGGUUUCGUUUACAGUUUUAUUUGACAGCGUAUUCGCAAAUUAAAGAACUUUUUCUUAGGAUAUAACUGUAUACUGCUCACGAGGGCGGCUAAUACACAAUAAAUCAAAAAUGUCAAUCUUCUUCUUUAAUUAUGAAGAAGUCAUGAAAUGGGGUCUUAUCUGCAAAUUUGACGAUAUGAGUAUCAAAUCACUUCUUACAUGAACAGCUGAGUAAGUUUAUAUUCACUUGUGUAAAACUGUGAUCCUGAUCACGGUGCAGCUAAACUCAGUGUUAUGACCUCGUCACUUCGUCUCGUAACGCAGGCUAAAACCAAGAAAUAACAAAAAAACUGAUACGUGGAAUCCCUUUUUUAAACCACCUUGGAAAAAGCAAGAGCCAUAAUGGUCCCAUUAUGGCUCUUGAUUUUAUAAGAAUAUCGAGGCUAAAAUUUGCAAAAUCUGAAGAAUAUCAUAAGAAUAAACCCAAGGCUGAAAUGGAUAUAAUUUUGUGUGUUGAAAAUCCGUUAAUUAAAACCGAUACAAUUAUAUGUUUUUAAUUUAACAGUGAAAUUAUUUCUUUCUCUAAACGGCAAAACUAGCCACCAAAGAGAAAAACAACGAGCCAUUACGAUUAACUGCAAUUUAUGCCCCGAACAUUCUAAAACGGAAAAGUCAGACACUAAAUUAUAACAGUUUCAGAAUAAUACAAAAACAUGAAACCUUUCAGCCUAAAAUCGGCAGAAAGAUAAGAAUAUUCAGCCUGGGCCGGAUAAACGGCGUUCUCGUAAAAAGAAAAGAGUGUAGCACUAUCAUAAAUACAAUAUUGUUUGUCAGCUUUGUUUUUUGUUUUUUGCUUUUGUUUUUUUUUUUCUCGUUAUUUUGUAAAGGUACAAAAAGCCUGAUGCUAGCAGUAAAGGCAAAGGUUCCGCAGCUCAAUCGGCCGCGGCUAGGAAAGGCAGUCAGAAGAGUGGUGCGGGAAUAGGCUUUGAUUCAAGGACAUUUAAAGGAAAGAGCAAGGUACAACUUACAGCAACUGUACACUAACUUUUUGCGGUAACUUUCACAAGCACAGGCGACUUCAGAAGUUGCUUUGCAGUCGCCUGUCUAUCUCGUGCAACUUAAACAAUACAGUGAUACAACUUGCGUGAUUCGAUCGGAAGGUGAAACUUGUCCGGCCGGCAAAACAAUUUAAUACUGUUUGCUGACGGAAUUAACGAGGCAACAUUUCAGACCAAUCAGAGCACCGAUUUUUCUGUGUUAGUCAACCAAUGUGAAUUUCUUCAAAUUAAUGUGAAUGUGGCACAUCCACAAAUGGUUCUCUGUUUACCACUUCGGAUCAGUGGUUUCAGUCAAAGUGACCGCCGAGCGAAAAGCCCCAUUGUUCUUUCUCGAGGCUUCGCCGCUCGUGACUUCGGCGGACACCGAAGCAUCCACCCACAAACGAGAAAACAAACCCUUUGGUACCCUGGGUAGUGACAGACAAACUUGCUAAUCACUUCGCUUCUUUUUCCUAUCAGAUCUCAGAGGAGCUUCGACAGAUUCUAACUUCAGUGCCUCGGGCGAGAACAAAUGAAGGUCUUAAAAAGGUAAAGACACAAGUCAAAAAUUGUGUAGUUCUUAUCGCUAUAACAACAUAGUGUCUCAUUAAAUAGUUAUUCCAGUCUCGCUUGCAUGUUUGAUGUGAGUUGGUUCUUAUCGUCAUUAAAGACCGCCCCUUUUUUUUGGCAUGAAAUUAUAUAACGGCUGAUAUGUCACUGCAUUAUGAAGUGAUUCCUUUUUCUAAAAUCGAUAUUAACAUUGAAUACUUGCUUGUUAGGUCCAGAGGCUGUGUCGUAGUACGCGCGCGUUCAUGAUUUUUCCGCUGGAAAGAGAGGUCGAUCUGUCUCGUUGUGUUGCCUAUGAGAGGUAAGUGUUUCCUUCUUGGCUUUUAAAACAUCAUAGAUAAUAGUCUUGUGGCUAUUUAUUGACAUUCAGCAAGAGAACAGCAAGAAUGGCAAAGGAUUAGGCCUGUACAUGCAAAAUCCAACCAACUCAUCAAUAAAUCCCUACGUCUUUACUGUUUCUUUAACAUCAACAAUUUAUAUUUCAAUUCCUUUAUCUUGCAGUGUGGCGUUUAGCCUCAAUUUCCGUCGCUCUAGUCCGGGGCCAUUCUCCGGAACGACGGGUGGGAACAAAGGCUACAUGUUGAGUUUGAUUUUUAUCGUUUCCUUUUCUCUAUUCUAGAUACGACAAUGGAAGAGUCAUUGCGUGUCAGGGAAGGUCACCUCAAAGGUUUUAUUAUGUACUCUCUGGGAGAGGUAAUGCAUGCUAUUGUAUUUUUCGGAAGUUUCUGUGUAAAUGACCACCUACCCCUCCCCUAAGUCAACAUUAACGCUUAAUUCUCACUUAAGGCAAAAUUGUGACUUGGGGAGGGGUAGGCCGGUCAGUUACCUAAAAAUCUCUAAUCAUCCUACUUUCCUUAUAUUCCUCAUUAAGAAUGGGGAAGUAGGAACGAGGAACAUGAAAAAUUGUAUUGUAGAUUCCUGUCUAUUUUUGUGUAACCUGCCUGCUAAGCAAAGUGUUAAUGAGAGGCCAAGGGAGAGUAUAGAACCAGAAGUAACAUACUAAACCUUGCAUGCCUCAUGUGAGGUCAUCCAAGGCAGUCUUGGAUGUGGAUUCAGGAUUCAAAGUCAGCACUGGAUUCCGCAAUCCUUGCGAGUGGAACUUUGAUUCCGGAUUGCAGAUUUCUUGAACUGAAUUCAGGAUUCCAAAGCCUAGGACUACGGAUGUCUCAAGCCAAAAUUUCCCAUGUUCGGGAAUCCGGAUGGGGCGACUUACAAUAAGAAAGGCUGCAAAGGGAAAGGCGGUACGCUCCUAACCAAUUUUUUAUCGAGAAGUGUUCCGUUUACUGAUUAUUUUAGAUACUCUAAUUUUGUAUUCCAGAUGAUGAUGUAACCUAAAUUCUAAUAUUUAUCGUUUUCUUUUCACCAGUUAGUAAAGUGUGCAUGUAUGACUUAGCGGCUGGUGUCACCAAGAUGUCUUUUGGGGAACUGAUGCAAGGAAACACUACUGAUGUAAGUUGCCCCUUAAAAUUAAAGCUUGACUUCCACGCGCUCUUUCCUUCUCUUACCAUGAAAACUGGGAGGGCGUGCUCUUACACUAAAUCCUUCCGUCGGAAAAACCAAUCUGCAAAUUGUGGCGCAGCGCAAACUGAAAAUAUCUAAACUCAUUUUGCAUCGUCUUGCCGAGCAAACACCUCUUCUUCAUUUGCGCCGCUAGCUCAAGCUCGAUAUACGAUUAUCGGUAUAGUUGUGUAACUUUUGAAGUAUAAGAAUUUGUAUAAAGAUUGGCCUGUGGCAAAGGGUUAUAGAGAAAGCAAAAAGGUUACAAUAAACUCAUAAAAUGGCCAUAAGUCAGCGGCUUGGUAUUAACACAGGAAAGAAGAAACACUCAACUUAAGUACGGGUGAGACAAUUUUUGUUUAAAUCCUUUCACAUUCGUAGUAGCUUACGGAACAAUUCCGAUGCUCAUAUGUCGAGUUUGGGCUACCAGUGGUCACAGAGUUAGUGGAUCGCUGGCGACAUAGCCUGUUCCAGGCUCCCAGAUGAUCGGACUCCCUUUUCCAGAUCUAAAAGCUCAUCAUCUUCGCGUGCCUUUCGCUUACGCGUCAUCCGGGCCUCAUCCCUGCUAUGUUAGAGCCUGGAACAGGCUACUGGCUUUGUUUUGUUAGCGGAAGCAAGAUACACGUCCAAAGAAACAAAACUUGCAUUGAUGCGUUUUCUUGAUUUCAGCCUGUUGAAUUAAUGAAUGGUAUAAAAAGGGAACAUUCACUCAUCUGCAAGGGGCCUGUCGAAGUACUCGUUCUGGAUAGGGAGGUAAACUGAGCCUUGAUUAAGACAGCAUUUCAUUUGUUGACCCAGAGUCUUGAUUUGAUUGGUUGCUAAGCAGUCGGUAUAUGCCGUCAUGUAAGGUCCUCUGAUGUAACUUCCGGCCGCGGCAUCGGCUUUACCUUUAAUUUUUAAUUAAUUUUUCCCGUCUAUUUGCAUAAAUAAUUAAUAUAUUUGGGAGGAAUUAUAAUGCUAAUGUUUAUAAAACAACUAGAAGCGUAAGUGCUUUUCACGCACCGUCUACUUUUGUCAUUUGCGUUUAAUUAACAAUGCGUAAAGUGACAAAAUAAUCAAUCAAUCCACUAAUCAAAAUCUCAACUGUCAAAUUAGGCGAGAUGUAAAAUAGAUCUCUUUGUAAUUUGUUUCUAAUCACAUUCUAAUCCAAUGAAAAAUGCAUCUGACUAAGAAGCAAAUUCCAUUGACGUUUUACUUCGAGUCGGCAAUAAGCAAGCUAAGCGAAGGACGAAAAUGAGAUUGAGGUUAACUUGAGAUGAAUUGAGCUCAUGAUUUUUCGGACUGUCAGGCUGAAGAAAUCGCGGUAAACUGUUUACGGUGUCCAUGUCUGCCUCUGUAUCUAAUUUUAGCAAUCUAACUUAUAUUUGGUUGUAGGAUUUUAUGGAACUCAUGAGUACAAGUCCCGACAGCGGCCUUCCUAUUGAAAUAUUAAGGUAUUGUUGUUUGACUCAACGUUGGAUACAACUAUUUAACACUGUCUAAUGUCACACUCAAACCAAGCCCCGGUUAGUUGCUCAAAAGCUGGGUAGCGCUAUCGACCGGAUAAAUCACUAUCCAGCGGAUAAGUAUUAGGGAAAUCAAUUGCGUUACUGGCACUGCAUAGAUUUUUAUCCGGUGGAUAGCAACCGAGGCCAGAUUGAUAAGUACACAUAUCUUGUCAGACUAAGACAUCCACCGUGUUGAUUAAUGAAUUUCGAUAGAAUACACCACAGAGCGUCUUACAUGUAUAACUGACUUCCUCGUUAAUAAGCCAGGCGUUUCAAAUAAAUAACAAUUGUGCUUGGUAUACACAAAUAUAAACAGAGAUCCAGGGGGCUUUUUUAAUUUUUUGUUUGAUAUAAACACCAAAAUGACAUAUGAAGAAUUCACAGCAAAAUCAAAAAUACUUAACGUUAACUUAGGAACAUCAAAUCGUGCCACAUUUUCCUUAUCAGAGGCAACUUAGAGAGACAUGCUCUACGUAACCAGCGGAAUUCUUUUCCGCAUCAUUUAGUCAAUUAUCUGCUCAACAAAACACUUACAAAAAUGAGGCUUUCUAUUGUCUUUUCUAACUUACGUAUUUUCUUUCGACUCCAAAACGCGCCGAACUGAUUGAACUUGCCUUUAGGCAUGCCAACGCGGAAAAGAAGUGGCUCGCCCUCUUGGCACGUGAGAGUCACGCGUGACGAGGGAGAUUUUCACGUGCGUUAUAAGGGUUUCUUAUAGUUCAGGGGGAGGGCACCCCGGCAACUAAUGGUUUCGGUAACAAAUCUGUGACUGUUACUACUAACUUAUCUUUCUUUAAUGAUGUUUCUCUCUCAAACUUUAACAGAUCAAUCGAGCUUUUUCGCAAUUUUCCACUGGAAAAGUUUUUCGAAGAAAAAGAUGCAAUAGUAACCAAAUAUUUUGCGUAAGUAUAGUUGUUUAAAUUAUCCUAUGCAUCUUUGAUAAUGAUCUACUUUUGUAAAAACAACGAUCAACAACGCGCGCCAUAGAUUGUUCUUUAUUCGACUUUUUCUUCGUCGACGACGACUUCCACUUUAUCAUCCUUGGGCAUAAAUUACAGUUAUCUCCGUGUGGAUCAUUUUUGUCAUCAUUACAUCCCCCAGAUCAUAUUAUAUGAUACAUGAAUUGACAACUCUUUCUCUUUCAAUGACUUGUUUUCAGGAAGGAUACAGUAAUCGUAAAAGACAGUAAUGACACCCCAUAUUUCUACAUCGUUAAAUCGGUAAGGAUGACUGUCGACCAGUAUAUAUCACUGUUUUUUCGCGUGCGGGGGCGUGCUUCAGUCUCCGCUUGCCCGACCCAUCUUCGACCGAAGGUCGAAGCCGCCGGUAGGCUAUACCGAAACCGGAAAAAAACCUCCAAAGUCUACCUGAAAAACUGUAGCGCUCCUCCCGGACCAUUUUCGAUAGGAGCUUCUUGGUCUACUUUAGCAUUUUAUUGAUGUCACCCACCAUUGUUGAAAAUCCUACUCUCCCAUGCAGACGUUCUUUUUGGCUGGAGAGGCUUGGGAGAACGGGUGACUGAUAAAUUUUAAAAUAAUGAUAAUAUUAUUAAAGAACGCAUGCGUGGUAGGUCCGUUUUUCAACGUUACAUUGUUAGGGAAACCGGAAACGAAAAUUUAAGAGUGAAUAUUUGAGAGACAAAUUUGAAAAGAACCUUCCUGGCAACCAGGAAAUUUAUCGAAUGAACACUUAUCAAAAAUCUGUUUGUUCAGGACCAUCAAGGCUCGAUCGCCAAUUAACUUGCCUUAUUUGUUGCUGUAUCACAGGGAAAUUGAGAUAUUUAUCCCAUAUGACCAAUUAUGUGAAUUUCAAACUACUCAAUACAACCUGAACCUGCAAAAUUUUGAAGAUAGGAUGCUUCAAGAUUGGUCUUUGUUUACAAUCAAUAGAUGUUGGCGGUGUAGGUGAUUGUUUCUUUAGAGCAUUUUAUUGAUGUCACUGGGGUUCCAAUCCAUUGUUGAAAAUCCUGAAUAAUAUGUGUAUUGCUACAUGGGCUGAUGCACUUAUCAUUGAUUGGCUAGUUCAGGAGAAAUACUUCCACUACAAUUAUUAUAGGUUUUUAGCUCGUAUCAAAGAUGAACCAAUGAAUUAACAAAGACUCAAUCAAUAAAUAAGCAGUUUAUUAUGUCUAUAUAUAACACUGGAUGACAUUUUUUACAAGGCAAAGAACCAGGAUCUAUUUAAAAAAUGUCUUAUGUCUGAUUUCAAAUUCACAGUGUUUUCGCAAAAAAUAGAUAAAUGUGAUUAAUAAAUCUCAAUGAUAAACCUGAUGAUAACGUACUUGAGAAAAUGUGAAAUUGUGAUAAUUCUGUAACAAACUUCUUUGCAAACUUUGUCAUGAAAACCUUGUACAGAUCACACUUAUUGACAUCACAGUGUUACUAAAAACACUACUAUAACACAGACCGUUAGCUGUAAUAACACUGAACAAACUUCCAACAAAUCCUCCUUUUUAAUUUUUUUUUUUAAUGAGUUAAUAAUAAUAUUAUUAAUAUUUAUCCAAUCCCGUGUCCCACUGGGCCCCGGUAAGUUCCACGUAGUGGUUCUAGUUAAUAUUUAUCCAGGGAGCCCACUCGCCUUAGCGGUUUUCAGUGUUUCUUUUGAGGUAUUAUACACUGUAACGUACUAUUUCUCACCACAGGGAAGAUGUAAGGUGGUUAGAAAACAAGAUGUUCUAGACAUGAGCAAGACCACUAAGCUGCCCAGCAUCACUACCGUAACUAAAACUACCCCGCGUAAGUGUCAAACCUCUGGCUUCAUAUUUUCGAAUUUUCGACUUAUUUCUCCUUACUUUUCAACGUAGUUUGGUGCCGUUUGUGUGGUUAGGAAAAAUAAAGAAAGUUAGUUUGGAAAGAAGAGAGGAAUAUUUGCGGUAUUAAAUCCCACAGGGCAAUGUUCGAUGAAUCCACUUACUAUAGCCUGCGUAGCAAGCGUUUCCGUGCGGUUUCGGAGCAAAGAAAGACCCAGGAACGACGUGGAACGGGAUGAGGUUUGGUUUUGGCCGCACGGAAACGGAACGAGAACCAAAAAUUGAAAUAGGGGGAGGGGGAGAGGGAGGGGGAGGGGAAGGAAACGCUAACCCUAACCCUUUCUUCCCUACCCGGUACCCCUUCUCUACGUUCCUUUUACUCGCUCCAUUUUAUUUUUUCGUGUGGUCUUUGACUGUCGUUCCUCGUUCUUUGCUCCGAAACCGCUACGCACGCUAACUUUCUUUGCUUUGAACCGCUCGAUAAUUUCGCAAUUUACACGACUUUAACACCACCCAAUACAAAGGAAAACGCGUAGCAUAGUUUCCUACUAAAUCUGGUUUUGAACAAAUAAAUUUAAAACCAGACUAUAUAUUAUUAGUUAUUUCUGAUCAUUUCGUGUUUUUGAAGGCUCAACUCCUGGAAAAAAUCCAACAAGUCUACUCGAGGUAUGCGUAAUAGGCCACUUCCGAGUUCCAAAGACCCUCACUUUCAAAAUGAGGCCAAGUGCACAACCUUUCUUGUGAAAUGAGGUUUUUUGUACGAGAGUAUCAGAGGCUGAGCACUUAACCUCGUUUUGAUACAGAGGCCUGGGGGAACUCGGAAAAGGCUUAUUGUGGGUUAUUUCUGUUCUCUUUUUUAAAUGUCGUUCUUCUUAACCUCUUUUUCAAAUAUUCCCUUACAAACAGCGAGCCCUUCCCACUAUUCCUCUCUGGGAUUUAGACCCCUCCGAGACCCCUAUCCACUUUACCCCCAUGGGAGGUUUAAGACGGCAAGGGCCGCCCCGCUCCGCCCCCUCCCCUCCCCUUUUGUAUAAAAUUGUUUUAUAAUUUCCCUUAGUAAAAUCUGUCUUCUAGGGCCUUAAUUUUGGACAGAGAUGCUCUCGUACUAUGAAUAUGACAAUAAGCAGAAAAAAAUUCAUUUUGUUACUUAAAUUUGCCUUUAACACUGAUCUCGGGCCAAAAAAAUCUUUGCAUGACUAACAAAUGACAACUUCUUGCUGCAAAACCAGCCAAAAGUGCAAAUUAUGCUAGCAAUGCUUUUCGCGGAAAAUAGGUGAAAAUUAUGCACGCAAUGACAAAUUAUGCCAAAAAAUUUUGUUAGCACAAUCUAUCAAAGCCUGGUAGCAGGCGCUUUGAACUAAUGAGCGCUGAAGAACGGGGCGCGUUUUACCUACAAGCACCUGUGUAGCAGGCUAUGAAGUAAACCACCCAAAUAUGAAUAGCGCAACGUCAACAGCAUAAAGUUUUUAAAACCCUUCUUCAGUCGUUGCUUCGUUCCCAUUGCACGGCCAAGGGUCCGUACAAGGACGUACCCGAGAUGCAUGCAUGUGAAGAAUAUCUUCUUUUUAUAUAUUGUUAUUAUGUUAUAGCUUUCUCAGUGCUUUUGCAAGCAAAACUCACCACGCAUUUACAAACAGAAAUCAACAGAAGGUGAGUAAGUAAAAGAUAUGUUUUACUAGGAAAAUAUAUAAACUUUUAUAUAUAAUCUCUCCUGUCAUAUAUCAAAUCUGUGUGCGUUGUUCUUAGGUUAGGCAGUUUCGUUUGUUACGACGGCGACGGCAAAAAAGCAAUAGAUUUUUAUUAGCAAAACAACAACUAUGCACGUUUAUCACGCUUUUUUGUACAUUUUUAGCCGUCGUUGCACGACGACAACGUGAAAGUGCUUAAUUUCACGUUUUGCCGAGGACCUUUUCCUGAACAGUCCUUUAGAAUUCAACUCCAAAAAAAUUUUUCGAAUUAAACGAGGUGGAAUAAGCGCGAUUAGUUUGAGGCAGCGCGAAUUUACUUUUUAAGUGACUUUUUCGAAGCUGUCGCCAUCGUUGUUACUUAUAAGCUCCCUAAUAAAUGCUGAGAGGGGAGCUCGACCGUAGAAAAAGUAAGAAUUUGCAAACAUUUAACUUUUUCUGGGCUUAAACGGACAGAGUUGGCACCUGCACCAAACGUCCGUUUUAUGGACAGACUAGGAAAAAUGACUGAAGUUCGACAGGAACAGGCCGUCUCCAGGUGUCCGUUUUAGGGGAGUAUCCGCCUCAUGGAGUUAUCCGUUAAGAGAAUUUACGCCACUCAAAAGGAAGACUUAAAAAAUGCGGAAGUAAUAACUAAAUCCCACUUUUAUGAACGGAUAGGUAAAAAACAGCCGCUAACACGAAUUCGUUAACACGUGUAGUAAUGACGCUAAUGACUUCCAAUUAAUUUUUGUUUCUGUGUCACAGAAAAAUGUAAUCUUGCAGACGAUGCAAGACCUAAGAACAUUGAAAAGCGUAGUUUGGAGAAGACUAUCGACCUUAAAGUAGUAAGUCAUUUGUAUUUUUGAGAUGUUCUUCGUCAACCAUAUUUGUCCUCAAAGCCCGCUUGACUCUCCGUAGCCGUCUUUCCGCCUUGUCCACCCCUCAGAGACUACUCGGCCCUUAUGGAUGUUUUUAUCAUUUUAAUAAGUGAAACCGAUAUUUUGUUGCUUUAACAGGAUCCAGUUUUUUUCCCGUUUGGUGAAAUAUGCGCUAGGAAGGUGAGCAAAGUACAAAAGAGACCAUCGGAAUUGUCGGUCAGCGCCCCCACAAGAACAGCACUUCUACAGAUUGCUCUGCUUAAACCAGGAAAUAUGUUUGUAAGUAUACAACCACUUGAUCGCUGCUCGUACCCAGGAUUCCUCGAGCGUUGAGAUUAUGUUGCGUUCUCCAGACGUCGAAGGCAAUGAUUGUGUAAAUUAACUUGUUCUCUGCAUUCUACGUUUCGUUUCCCUUGUUUGGUGAUGUUUUGCACAGAAAGAAAGUCAAAGAGAGAUCUGCACGGACUCCCAAUGUAUUUCUUGUGAUUGCGUCACGUUAUCGAAUCUCCCAAGUUACAUUUUUGCCCUUAAGAGCAUGUCUUUUGGUUCCUUGCUGACAGAGGCCUAUUUUCCUGUUGCUCUAUUUUUCCUCCCGCCGGCCGAAUAAUUACAAGUCCAGCGCUCUGACCGUUCCGCCACGCGUUCUUCUAUUUUUCUUUACAGGGACUUGAGUCUAUGAUGCCGAAGGUAACAACCAAGAUAAGUUCAGAGGUACGUCACGCUAAGUUCUUUCUUUCGCACCCCUUGGGGUAGUCCCCGGGGUAGUUUAUUCCUUCCACCCUUUACCCAAGGGAUUCUUCUUUUCUCCCUUGGCUAAUGUUACUUGCUUCUUUGCUUUAAAAAAAUUGUAAUCAGGAGAAGGUAAUCCCUAAACCAUAUCAUCCACAAUGUUCAACGUAUAUUUUAAUUCCCCGUAGGCUGAUGUAGUAGAAGAAAAUCAGGAUCCCUCCACUAAAAGUCUUAUACUGGUGAGUGUAAAGUAACCAUAAGUGACAGAAAAUUAGUUCACAGGUGCCAAAAAAACAUCACAUAGAAAUAGAGGGUGUUACAGCUACGAGCCAAUUGCAGAAGGGAGCUUGUUUCCACGUCGUUAUCAAUAGCCGACACAAAGCUGGAGACGCCAGUGAUAUGGCAACUUCAAACGCUGCAAUUUAGGGCUUUCUUUAUUCACCAGAAUAUCCUCUUACCAGGCUUUCUGGUCGGGUCAGGGCGGAUCUUGUAGGAGGAGUUUCUUGCGUGCCUGAGUACCUCUUCGGCCCUUCCAAAUCUUGACUGUGUAGCUCGUCUGUUAUAUUUGCACAGUCUUAACACUGACCUGUGUCGGUUGAAAUAGGCUAUAUCACAGCUGUUCAUAGGUGUUUAGAUAUAGAUGACUGCUUUGAGUGUAUCGACAUCGAGUCUGGUCUAAAAUAGCUGUUGAUUAUUUCCUCAGAUAAGUGAAGGAGCCGAGUGCAUUAUGAUCAACAAAAGGUUCUUUUUAAUGAACGCCAGUAUUACGACCUUGGUACAGCUUAAAGCUCUGGUAAGUGUAAAGCGAACUUGUACAGUGAUUUAAAGCAACAGGUUUUAGUCGCUUUACAGUCGCAUUAAAGCUUGUCUUUUUUAGGCAUGUGAAGCAAUAAAACUUAAGAAGCUAAAUGAUAAUAUUACAGGUUGUCAGAUGUAAAUCUGUGUCAACAACUUUUUAGUUGUCGUACGGUAUCUUCCUUAAGUACAAACAUUGUUACCGUAAAACAAAGUAAUGUUCUUGGACGUCUUUGAAAAUAGAGACAAGUUUUCACUUGACUUCAUUAAAACAAAAACCUUAAAACACUUUAAUUCUCAAAGGGCGUAUGGGGCAAAACCAAAAAAAAACCAACUGGUCAAGGAAAAGCUCGUCAGUUUGAAAAUGAAAUAUUAGUCUUUUCUCAAAAUUUUUACUAAACUCCCUCACAGUCGUGCAUACCAUUUAGGAAUAAACUUAUAUGUUAUCUUUGGGCCCCGGGAUAUUCCGUUUCAAUAGUAAGGGUUCCUAAUACGUUUUUCGGGAUCCGGAAUGUCCUUUGUGUGAAGCUUGGGAUUCGGGAUUUUAGAGCAAAAUGGAGGCGAGAUUCGCAAUUGAAAGUAUACGCGGGAGGUGAGAUGCCAAUAGUGACCCUCGGGAUUACGGAAUUCCAAGAAAUUUUGGGUCGGGUUUACGGGAUUGAAACUCAGGAUUCUGGAUUUUAAAGCAAAAUCGGGCCGAGAUUCGGGAUUGAAAGUAUACGAGGGAGGUGGUAUGCCAAUAAGUAACCCUCGGGAUUACGGGAUUCCACGAAAUUUUUGGCUCGGGAUUACGGGAUUUAAGAACCCUUCCUCACUAGUGGAAUUCUCCUGACGACUAGACUGGUCUGGCCAGCCUGUUCUGACAAAUGUUAAGCGUCCUCAGAUCAGUGAGCUCGCUUAUUUAAAAUAAAUGUUCAUUUAUUUUAUCAGAGGGAGGAGUACAUGACAGUACCCGACGCUCGUCACAGGAUCCAGUGUCUAGAGAGCUGGGACCUUUACAAAGGAGAACUGGUUAAAACACUGGCCACACGUGCAGCUAAACAGCCUCGAAGAUGACGAUGGUAACUCUAAUUUUCACCUGCUAUCAUGUUUUCAUUGAUAUUUAUUGAUAUUUAUUGAUAUAGAUAUUGGUUCUUCAUAUUAUAUUUGCAUAGUUGUAGCAUACUAUGCAUGAGAGAAUGCAAAAAUCAUGGUCUAUUUACAUUAAAAAAAACUUGAUCCAGACAUCGAACUAGAUACUAUUUGCGUGAUCUAACCACGAGAACUUGAACAAGAAAAGCUCUUGUUUCUUUGACUACACUGGUGUGUUAAGUGUAGAAGUAGAAUAUACAAAGCAAAAGUAUAUCAUAUACUUUUAAUUUGUAUAUGCUACUUAUUUCGUUAAUUCUUUCCACCCUGCUCAAUCGACUCCUCUUUUGAAUUCUUCCCAGAUGGAGCACUCAACGAUUGUUUGGUCAGCAGUUUCCGUCUAAACAGUAUGCCUACGACCACCAAUGCAACCAGGGUCAACGCAAACGGCCGCGAUACUAAUAACCAGCGGGUUUACUAAGCUUGAAUCCGAGAAUUCCCUAAUCUCCAUCUGUUUUUCAAGCUGUUUUAAUGGGAAUCACAUGACACGUUUCCUGGAUCAACCAACAAAUGAAUCAUCUUGAUAUUUGUGCCUUAUCUGCUGACUCCUAUUUGCCGCUUACCGUUGGCAUCGCGGUGAAACAACCUGUGAACGAUGCUUCUGUCCACCUCAGAUAACAGAUGGAAAGACAAGGAGGCCCCCAGUAGAAUUCGUGCUCAACUGAACGAGUGCUGGCUUGAACGACUUCCCGAAGGGACGAAGAAAAUACCAAGCACAAACGACUUCCGGUUUCUGGGAACCUUCACUAUUGACAGAGCAUUUAUAGCUUAUUUAUGAAUAUCGACAAUAUGUUAUUUAACAUUAUUAAUAAUAACAGUUAGCAGAUACAAAAUUGUUUAUAACUAUAGGAGUUAUCUUAUUCUUAAAACGAAAGUGAAAAAAAUUGUGUGAAUGAACCUUUUAGAGAUACAAUACAUAUAAUAAAACAGGUACCAAACGAAAGCGAGGUGUUGAUCAGUAAACUACCCGCAAACUUGUCUGACCGAUGAAAUGAUUGGAUGAUCGCAAAUUUGAUAGGCCCUGGUGACGAGUAAUUGAUCGGAUUUUUUCUGGUAUAACCUUAAGUGAUACUUUCCUGAGACGAUUUGUUACAUUGGAACAAGUAGGGAAGAUGUCGUGUUUAGCGGCACUCCCCAAUACAUUUCGAUGGUUAGUUGCUUUCUAUAUAAUACUAAAGGUAAGUUUUCUUAGUAUCAUGGUUUUUAUUUCUGUCAGAUAAUCAUGAUACCACGCCUUUCUCGGGCCUUAAAGCCAUUUCGUUGGCUUGCGUGCUUCCUCUUAAAAAAAAAUUCUAUCCGUAAAAUGGCCUUCUGAUAUAACGCUUUAAAUGACUGUUUUUCUUACCAUCAAUUCAUGUAACGCAUGUGAC